AAACAGUCUUCGAGCGAUUGAGUUCCACUGAAGAGGGCAAAUUGUUUCUGUGCCGCUACCUCCGCGAAGACGACGCUUGACGCAUACAGAACAGACACAUCAUCGCGCAAAUUACUUGAAAUUGUUGUUUGAAUUUGAGAAAAGUCAAUAAGUGAUCUCAGCUGGCUGCAGCUAUAAACGAUAUUCUUUUUUUGAAUAAACUUAAACGAAAAUGACAGAUCCACACAAAGAGAUUCCGCCCUUGAAGCGAGCAGCCCUACAGGUUGUAGCCGGCGGAUCAGCAGGGUUUGUCGAAGUUUGUAUCAUGCAACCGCUGGAUGUGGUGAAAACUCGAAUGCAGUUGCAAAACACCAAAACAUUGUCUGGGAAUCAAUAUAAAGGAGUCUUUGACUGUUUUGGAAAAAUGUACAGAAACGAAGGCAUGUUGUCUUUUUGGAAAGGUAUUCUGCCUCCCGUCUUAGCUGAAACUCCUAAAAGAGCAAUCAAAUUUGUUUGCUUCGAACAAUGUAAGCCUCUGUUUUUAUUUGGCUCCCCAACGCCAACACCAUUGACAUUUUCGUUAGCGGGUUUGACAGCUGGUCUUAUCGAAGCGGUUGCUGUUAAUCCAUUUGAAGUUGUAAAAGUAGCCCAACAAGCCGAUCAUUCACACAUGAAAGAAGCGCCCGGAACAUGGGCAGUCACCAGACAAAUUAUCAAAAAAGAUGGAUUCGGUUUUCGUGGUCUUAAUAAAGGAGUUACUGCCACCAUGGGUCGUAAUGGUACCUUCAAUAUGGUCUAUUUCGGAUUUUAUCAUAGUGUUAGAAAUUAUGUUCCUGCUUUUGAAGAUCAAACAAAGGAAUUCUUUAGGAAAGUAGCAAUUGGAUUUACCUCCGGAACGAUAGCCUGUUUUAUAAAUAUACCAUUUGAUGUUGCUAAGAGUCGAAUUCAAGGCCCGCAACCACAGGCGGGUGUUAUUAAAUACAAGUCAACAUUUGGAUCGAUAUUAACGGUGUAUCGAGAGGAGGGAUUUAGAGCUUUGUACAAGGGUAUUGUGCCAAAGAUUAUGCGGUUGGGUCCGGGUGGGGCUAUAAUGUUAUUAGUUUUCGAGUAUGCCUAUGAGUUUUUGCAAGAAAAUUAUGCAUAGAUUGUUAAGUAAUAAAAGCUAAACAAACCUUUUCUUUUACAUUUAAAUGAA